ACAAUUCUCGCUGCUCGAUUGGCUCCCAAGCAUUCGUAUCGGAUCGACAACCAUGAUGGAAUGAUUGUUACAGACCCAGACCACCUAGUUUCCGGAACGUCCGUGGUGGGAGCAUUGUAUUGUCAGCGACGCGGUGUGCUUCAAGAACGCUUUCGUGGUAUAGAAGCAGAUAGUACAAUUAUGACAGUCGGAACAAUUGUGCAUGCUCUAUUACAAAAAGCACUGCGGGAUAAUUUGUCCACGUUAAAUGACGUUAUUAAAAUGGGACGAGAGUAUAUCAAUUCAAAAGAAAUGGUGUCUACACUUUACGCAUGUAACAUGACUGGAACUGAAGCAUCGAAUGAAAUCGAAAAGUUCUAUCCUAAAAUUUAUGAGUUUGUCAAAAAUCAUAUCAGUCAUCAGAGAUCCAGUACAAAAUCGAACUUACAAAUCUAUGCUAUAAGGGAUAUUGAAGAAAACAUCUGGUGCCAUCAAUUGGGAUUAAAAGGAAAAAUUGAUGUGACUGUAGAGGCAAGUUACGGGCCAAACGAACAACGCCAAAUAAUGCCGCUAGAGUUAAAAACAGGUCGGGCUAGUUUUUCUGCCGAACAUAAAGGUCAGAUUGCUUUGUACGAAAUGAUGAUGAACCUCGUAGGGCACAAAGUACAAAAAGGUAUUCUCUUGUACCUUCGUGAAGGAAAAUGUGAACCUGUAGCUAGUAAUCGGAACAUUAGGCGUGAUCUUAUCAUGCUACGAAAUGAAGUGGCUCACUAUAUGUCACGCACUUUAACGAAUGUAGACCGUGAUAGUUUCGACCUUUUCAAAGAUACUCUACAAUUACCGGAACCGCUCAAUAACCAGCACGUUUGUUCGCGCUGCCCGUAUAAUGUGAUAUGCACCAGCUAUCUAAAAUACGAAAACAGGGUGUUCCAUGAUGGCCACAGCAUCAGUUUAAUUGCUAAUGAGGCCUUAAGGCACCUAAGCAAUAAUCACAUUGAUUAUUUUAUUCAAUGGGCUGGUCUAAUUUUUUUGGAGAACGAAGAAGCGAAAAGAGGUUUUCAUGUAAAGCAUCUGUGGACGAAAAGCCCGGAAGUGCGCCAGAAGAUGGGACGUGCUGUCAGUAAUUUAAAACUGGUUGGACGAGUUUUCAGAACUGGCGAUGAAUGUUUUCAUACCUUCACGUUAAAUUCCACUUCAAACGACGUUGUAUGCGUCUUUAACCAAUUAUCUCAGUACUUCGAAAUUAACGAAUACCUUAUCUGCAGUACUUCCAAAAGAAUAGCCGUCGCAGCAGGACGAGUCGUUGGUGUUGGCAAACGGGAAAUCACAAUGUCUUUAGAAAGAGAUCUAAGUCAGAACUACUCAGAUGAACUAUUUCAUUUGGAUAAGUACGAAUCGCAAUCAAGCAUCACAUUUAAUUUGACCAAUAUAGGUGUAUUACUGGAUGAUACAGAUAGAUCAUCUAAUCUUAGAAAAAUUAUAAUUGACCGAGAGAAACCAGCUUUCACACGAACCGUACCAACGACUGUUGCCGUCGCAGCAAAGGAAAUUUUACGAGAUCUCAAUAAGCAUCAGAAGAUAGCAGUUCUAACCGCAAUUGGCACCAAAAGCUAUUGCCUAUUCAAAGGCCUCCCAGGCACUGGAAAAACUAAAACUGUUGUCGCUCUUGUUCGUUUGCUUAUAGCUCUAAAUAAAACCGUACUAAUCACUAGCAACACACAUUCCGCUGUAGAUAAUGUUCUAAAACGACUACUGCUACAUGAUCUUAAAUUUCUGAGGCUUGGAGCGGCUUCGAGAAUUGACCCGAGUCUAAAGAACUAUUCAGAGGCUACACUGACAGAGGAUUGUUCUACUCCAGAGGAACUUGCAGCCGUAUAUAACUCAUUUCAAAUCGUUGGGGUAACAUGUCUGGGAUCAGCUCAUACGCUGUUGGUCCAACGCAAGUUCGAUUUCUGUAUCGUUGAUGAAGCAACGCAGGUAUUCCAAAGCGCAGUCAUCAGACCUCUGCUAUCAUCCGAUAAAUUCGUCCUCAUUGGAGAUCCCGACCAGUUGCCACCAGUGAUAAGGUCUCGUAAAGCUAAGGAUCUUGGUGCCGAUGAGAGUCUUUUCUUACGACUGGAUUCUGAGCAAUCGUGCUGUGUGCUUCCAACUCAAUAUCGCAUGAACAAAACCAUCACUAAACUAGCGAACGAUUUUUCUUACAAGGGAAAACUCAUGUGCGCGAACGAAGCAGUAGCAAAUGCCACCAUAAAGCUACCACAAAUUCAUAUAAUGCAUCAAAAACACAAGCUGGAGAAAUGGCUUUUACGUACGACCGCUUCCCAGUUGGAACUAUCAGUUGUGUUUAUAAAUACGCUCAAUACGUAUAACAGUAGUUUAGCGUACGACGCAGGUAGAAAAAGAGAAUAUUCUUACACAGCGGGAAACAUUGAAGAUGAUGUGACAGUACAGCCUAAAACUAUCUACGAAAACUAUUGUGAAGCUGCAAUUGUUUUCUAUACAAUUAUGGCACUGCUUGAGUGUGGAGUUGAGAGUAGUUCUAUAGGUAUCAUUACUCCAUUCAGAGCUCAAGUCGAACUUCUACGAUUCUAUCUUCAAUUAAUGGAGAAGCUGUAUGCCAAUGAUAAGGAUGCUUCGUGCGCAAAUAUUGAUAUUGAAGUUAAUACUGUAGAUCAGUACCAAGGAAAGGAUAAAGAUAUUAUACUAUACUCCUGCACGAAAUCAAACAACCCGGAGCUUCCAUCUUCUUACGAAGGAGAUACUUCGAAUGAAUAUGAAAUACUGCAAGAUACUCGAAGGCUUACGGUAGCAAUAACGCGUGCCAAGAAAAAACUCAUCAUCAUCGGAGACAAUCAAAGUCUUGAGAAGUACACACCAUUUAAAAAUCUUAUUGAGUGUGUUUCGCCUGCAGGUAAAAUCACGCUUCAAAACAGAUUAUUUGGCUUCGAAUGGAGUGCAGUUUUUAACACGUUAGAUGCCUUACAUGAUUGCGAAAAUCAAUAA